AUGCACUUAACAUGUCUACUGGUGUUCAUCACUAUUUCAAUUGGUGUUCUUGGCGAUCAAGAUGAUCAAGAUCGUCCACGAGUUGCUUGGGUACCGAUUGAAACUCGAAAUAUUAGUGAAGUAGUCGGUAAAGCAUUGGAGGGAAGUGAGGAACGACUUGUGAGAAUAGGAAAAAUGCUAUCGGAUUCCUACGAUAAAAUGGCUCGUGACACUGAAGAAGGUCAAGCGAAAAUUCGGCAACUAGAAGAAGGCAAUAAUUCUUCUAUAAAUUUCAAUCCAACUUCUACAGUGAUUUUGUGUUUUUUGAGCCUUGGUAUUAUUUAUUUGUAA